UUUUGAUGACGGAAAUAUCCCUGGAUAAGAAAAAGAAAAUGUAUGUUUUAAAGAAAUUUGACAGCGUUUCUCCACUUAAAGAAAGAGAAUAAACUUAAAAUAUUUUUAAUGGUAACUUUUAUAUUAAUAUUAAGGAGACCAACUUAGAUUUCUUCAUGGUAUUUUAAUAUAUUCAUUAAAUUCUCAGUAGGUUAGUAAUAAAAUUUGCAAUAAAGAUAAAUUGUUGGCAAGCUCGAAUAAUUUUUGAAAUAAAGAGAAUAAUUUGAAACAAUAUAAAAGCAACAAAAUUCAUAAUACAAUUCGUCGAAUUCUACAAAAAUGUUUGCUAAGAGAAUAACUCUUAGGAAUUCUUCUCAGAAAUCUCUAUUUAUCAGUUCCGAAUAAAAUCAGGAAUAAAAAUUAAAAAAAUAAAAGGAUUAUUAAAUAGUGUCUCAGCAGUUUUUAUUAGAUUUUGUUAAAAAGACAGAAGUAUAACAAAUAACCAUAAUAGGAUAGAAUAAAAAUGAAUAAUGAAAUCGAGGAAGAUUUAAAAAGGCUAAAUGAUAAAAAUAAUCAACUUAGACAAACAAAAGCUUUAACAAAAUUCUAAUAAUAACAAUAAAUUUGGGAAUAACAAGUUGAAGAAGCAGCAAGAAAAUCAAAAAAAUAUGAGUAUGAUUCUGUCAUUAGAAAAUCAACUUGUAAUGAAUCUGAGUUUAUUAUAGUAUUUCGUGAAAAAGUUGAAUAAAUUGAACAUUUUUAAGCCUUAAAACAAUUAGAAGGUACUGCAAGGGCUUCUGAAUGGUAUAUGACAUUAAGGGAUAAUUUAGGGCAAUCUAGAUAAUUAUCUUAGGAGGAGAGAGAGAAAAAAAGAAGUGCAUAUCAAGAUCCAUUCAAUUAAAAUACUUAUUAUGUUGAUUCCUCGAACAAACCAAUUGAAAUAAUAAGAAAUUAACAAUAGUCUACUUCUGUUUCCAAAAGUGGAUUUAGAAGAAACAGCAGUUUAAGUUAAAUAAAUAUCUUUAAAUUGCCUCUCCAUAAAACAGUCUAAACAAUAGGGGAAGACCUUUGUAAUUUGUAAAUUGAAGGAUAAAAUGUUUUAUAAAAAGAAACUGAAUUAAUAAAACAUUAUAACUCGAAUGAGAAGUUCAGACUUUAUAAAUUAGAGAAAGAAAGUGAAACAGAGGUCUGACUUAAUAUAGUAUUAUUUAAUAUAAUUAUACACACUUUUAUUUAAUGAUAAAUAUUGUAAAAACUUUCAUCAUUAUUCUAGUUCCCUUUGAGUUUAUUGUUAACAGCUAAAGGAUCAGAAGUGGUAUAUUUAAAAGAUUGAUAAGUAUAGGUAAUUGAAGUUAAAGCUGGAGAUACAUAUGAUGGUAAUUUAGAAUUAUUAGAUAAGUUUAUGAAUGUUAAAUUGACAAAUGUUAAGCAUACUUCAAAAGUAAAUAAUACUCUUAUUAUCUUUAUCAGGAUGGGAAUUCAUUUCAUGGAAUCAAAGAAUUACUCAUUAAGGGAAAUUCAAUUAAGUAUUUUAGAUUGGUAUGAAUAGUAAUAUUGAUAUUUAAGAAUCCUGAUGCUGAGAAAAAAGCUUAAGAGGAAGCUGAGAUAUGUAAUUUUUGAAUCUAAAGUAGAUGAGUAGCAAUAAUAGUAAAAAUAAUAAAAGAUAAAUGAAUAAAAAUAAUAAAGAAAAGCGUAAAAUUAAAAACCAAGAGGAAAAUCAUAUCCUUAAAAGCAACCUUAAUAAAGAAGAUGA